UACAGGAGUGAGGUAUCAACCCCUGAGGUGUGGGUUUAAGGCAAGUUGGUCUCAGACGCGUGAGUAGGAGUUGGGUGAGCGCUCUCCGUGGCGUUGGUGUGCCCAAAGGAGGACGGUUGGGCCCUGAUAGGGUGGGGUGGUGGUCGGCACGGGUAGGCGAGGGGCGGGCCGGGCCCGGGGGCGGGGUCUGCGGCGGUCCGGCCUCCGAGGGAGGGGGAGAGGCCGCGGCGGGCGCGUGCGCGUGGUCACGCCGGGCGUUUCAAAACCCCUGCGGUCCGGACGGAGCAGCGUGAUUGCUGCGUGCGCUGCCCGGGAGCGGGCGCUCCUCAGCUGCCUCACAGCGAGGUUCGACCCCUUCUCUCGCGGGAUCCGGGUCCGCGCUCGACGCUCGCUCUCUCCUGCCGCCCCGCCGACGGGGGUCGCCAUGGUUCACUUCUUGCACCCGGGCCUGUCGCCCAGGAAUAUCGUCCCUCCCGACGCUCAGAAGGAUGCCCUGGGUUGCUGCGUGGUGCAGGAGGAGGCAUCUCCCUACUCUUUGGUCAACAUCUGCCUGAACUUCCUGAUUGCUAACCUAGAGAAAUUGUGUUCUGAAAGAUCUGAUGGAACAUUGUGCCUUCCAGAGCAUUGGAGUUUUCCUCAGGAAGUAGCUGAUCGAUUCCUUGGGGUGAUGACAUGGCAAGGCAAGCUGACUGAUAGAACAGCGAGCAUUUUCCAAGGCAACCAAAUGAAACUGAAGCUGGUCAAUAUUCAAAAAGCCAAAAUCUCGACAGCUGCAUUCACAAAAGCCUUCUGUCAUCACAAAGUCAUUGAACUGGAUGCUACUGCAGUGCACACUGACCUCCCAAUUCCAGACAUCAUAAGUGGACUCUGCAGCAAUAGCUGGAUCCAGCAAAACCUUCGGUGUCUCCUGUUGGACUCAACGAGCAUCCCUCAGGAUUCCAGAUUACUGUUCUUUGGUCAGCUCACCGGUCUUCGCGUUUUAAGUGUUUUCAAUGUUUGUUUUCAUAGUGAAGACCUGGCUAACGUUUCUCAGUUACCAAAACUGGAAAGCUUGGAUAUCUCCAAUACUAUGGUCACUAACAUCUCUGCACUCCUCGCCUGUAAAGAUCGACUCAAAUCUCUCACAAUGCACUAUCUAAAGUGUCUGACCAUGACCAAACCACAGAUUCUUGCAGUUAUUAGAGAACUUAAAUGUCUGCUUCACCUUGAUAUUUCUGAUCACAGGCAACUCAAAUCAGAUCUGGCUUUUCAUUUGCUGCAGCAAAAGGAUAUUCUGCCUAAUGUUGUGUCACUGGAUAUAUCGGGGGGCAGUUGUAUCACCGAUGGAGCUGUAGAACUGUUUGUACGGCAGCGGCCUGCGAUGCAAUUUGUGGGACUGUUGGCAACGGAUGCUGGUUAUUCUGACUUCUUUACUACAAAGCAAGGCUUGAGGGUUGCUGGAGGAGCCAAUAUGAGCCAGAUUUCAGAAGCACUGAGUCGAUACAGGAAUAGGUCAUGUUUUAUGAAGGAAGCCCUUUACAGGCUCUUCACAGAGACGUUUUCAAUGCAGGUAACCAUGCCUGCGAUUUUAAAGCUUGUGGCUGUAGGAAUGAGGAAUCAUCCAUUGGAUUUGCCAGUGCAGUUCACAGCCAGUGCUUGCGCCCUCAACUUAACACGCCAGGGCCUGGCCAGGGGGAUGCCUGUUCGUCUGUUGUCAGAGGUCACCUGUCUGCUUUUCAAGGCUCUGAAAAAUUUCCCCCAUUACCAGCAGUUACAGAAGAAUUGUCUUCUCUCCUUAACCAAUUCCAGGAUUCUUGUGGAUGUUCCAUUUGACAGGUUUGAUGCUGCCAAGUUUGUUAUGAGAUGGCUUUGUAAGCAUGAGAACCCCAAGAUGCAAACAAUGGCAGUGAGCAUCACCUCUAUUCUAGCCCUGCAGCUCUCAUCUGAGCAAACUGCACAGCUUAAGGAAGAGCUCUUCAUGGCAGUUAAGGAACUUCUAGCAAUAGUAAAACAAAAGACUACUGAAAAUUUAGAUGAUGUCACCCUCUUGUUUACUUUGAAAGCACUUUGGAAUCUUACAGAUGAGUCUCCAGCUGCCUGCAGUCACUUUAUAGAAAAUCAAGGAUUGGCAAUCUUCAUCCAAGUCUUGGAGACUUUUUCAGAGUCAGCAAUACAAAGCAAAGUACUUGGUCUUUGGAACAACAUAGCUGAAGUUAGAGAACUGUCUUCCAAGCUGGUGACUGAAGAUGUGGUGAAACAUAUUAGUAGCUUGCUCCAUAGCAAAGAAAUGGAAGUCAGUUAUUUUGCUGCAGGCAUCAUAGCCCACCUGACAUCUGACACACAGCCCUGGAUGUCCCAUGACCUUCAGAGGAGUGCUCUUCUCCAGGAUUUGUAUGCAACCAUCCAGAAUUGGCCAAGUUCAAGUUGUAAGAUGACAGCGUUGGUGACCUACAGAUCCUUCAAGGCAUUUUUCCCACUCCUUGGCAACUUCUCUCAACCAGCAGUUCAGCUCUGGGCACUAUGGGCAAUGUAUCAUGUCUGCAGUAAAAACCCUAGCAAAUACUGCAGAAUGUUAGUUGAAGAAGAAGGAUUGCAGUUUUUGUGCGACAUCCAGGAGCACAGUGAGGCAGAUGCUCAAGCACAGAGGAUUGCAACCUCCAUUCUAGAUGACUUCAGAAUGCAUUUCAUGAAUUAUCAGAGACCCUCUCUGUGUUGAAUGCCCUCCUCAGCCCCUGGGGCUUCAGAGGUGCUGUCUGUUCCUCAGUGUCAGCCCUUCUGCGUUGCCAGCAGUUCAGAGUUGAAACAAGUUAUCAUUGGAGUUUGUAAGUUGGCUGCCUCACUGGCCUUUAUUGUUGAUUUUCUGUAGGCCGCAAAAAGGUUGAUUUUGAGUGAUAGCCAUAAUCUCAAAUCAAGUUGGAAUCAUUCUGGGAACGCUCCUUCAACAGCUUUGCAAAAUCAAGCCUUGGACUAUGUGGGGAGGCCUGUGAGCUUAUGUUGGAACAGCUAUGCCAGUUACUUUUCCUAGCCCUGGCCAGCUUCUUAACUCUGGGAGUUUCAGAGAGGAAGGAGAAACGAAAGACCUACAGGGAGACCUUGGUAUUUAUGUUAAAUUUCAUGUUUGAAAGAAUAUCCUGAGUUGUUAUUCCUAGUGAGGCUACUAGAAAAGAAGUACAUGAAAAAGUUUUGGAAAAUACAUGCUUAUAAAUGUGUUGUUUAGAAGGCAGAAUCUCAGCUGGAGGGGAGGAAAAAGAGGGGAAAUUUUUUUUUUUUUUUUUUUUUUAAUAAAUACCAAAGUACCUUCCACUUGUGGGGUAGAGGGAAGGAAAAAAUAUAUUUUUUACAAUUUUGGGUAUUCUGCUUUUGGCCUCUUUUGCUCCAACUUUACACACUAAACUGAACAUAACAUUCUGUGUAAGUGGAUGUGCUGGUGGAAAAUAGUAGGACUUGAUGACUGUGAGUAGAGGGUUUAGAUAAUGAUUAUAUGGGCAUUGUAAAUCUUGAUCCCUCAAAGUUUUGAUUUAAAUGGGAUUGUGACCAAAACUGAGAAGAAGAGGAAGGGCCAGAAAAAAGACUUUGCUAUAGAUUUCAAGAGUGCUCUUACCUAGCAUGAAGACAAGAAAUAUAAUGGGCUUUUGAGAACCAGCCUCAACUGCAGUAUAAACUAUCAGAGGCUUCUGUUUGGGUCCUUUGCAAACCUCUGUGGAACAGAGUAUGAAUUCCUUCCUUAUUAUUGACAACCAACGAAAUAUGUUUUGCCAUUCCUCUAAGUUUUCCAAAGAACGAAAGUAUAUUCCUUUUUGAUUAGUGGCAUAUUUUUAUACUAGAUGUUUGUGCUUUAGCUGGCCAGACUUUUUUUUUUUUUUUUAAUUUAUUUUUUAUUUUUUGAGAGAGGGAGAGAGAAUCCCAAGCAGAUUCCUUGCUGUCAGUGCAGAGCCUGACGUGGGGCUUGAACCCACAAACCACAAGAUCAUGACUCGAGCCCAUAUCAAAAGCUGGUCGCUCAGCACUCUGAACUGGCCCGAUUCUUACUGGAGUUCUGUGUACUGUCUUUUGGAAUCAAAUGAGGCUUAUCCUUACUCUAAAUCAUAUUCAAAAUUCUUGCUCACCAGUGAGCAAGAUAAGGAGAAUUUGUAAUCUCUUUACUUCCACAGUUCUGAAACUGCACUGUAUUUUCUUGUAUUCACUUUUUUGCAUGAUUCCAAAAGGCUGUCUUCAGUUCCUGACCUGGGUUCCAGUAUUUUAGAACAUUCUGUUGCCAGAUACUAACUCUUACUGAUAGGAGGAUGUGGUAAGUAAGAACUAGUGCCUGUUGAGGCAACCCUCUGAACUUUGUUUCAUUCAUGAUAGUCCUUUGAUAUAGAUAAGUUGCAUUCUCCCCCAUUUAACAGAUGAGGAAAAGGAGGUUAAGUAACAUUGUUACUUUGCUGAGUAGUUACAAGGAAUGCGUGGCUCCAGCUAAUGUGGUUCUUUCUGAUUCUAAGGCCUGGGCUCUGUUACUAUUCCUUCCAGGAAAUGAGCACAGCCUUGGGCACACUUGUAUUUAGCAGCACAUCAACAAUGUUACUGGUAUGUAUCCAUGCCCUUGGCUUAGUAUCUCUAGACCAGCCCUAAGCUGGGGAAGCUGAGAUGAGUUAAAGAAUGAUCAUAAGGCCACAGCUUAAGAUGCAGCCUUCUCUUUUCCUACCUUGGUACAGGAGCAGGGCUAUGAGGCUUAGUGUGCAUAUGUGUUUAUCAGCCACCAUCAUUUCUAAGUGUGUCAUCCUCUUGCUCACUUUCCCUCAUGCUGUUUCCCUUACCGUUCCUUUCUUUGCCUCAAAUGCCUAUUGAACGUUCAGGCUUCACUCCAGUGUUACCUGACCAUUUCCUGACCCUCCAUUCUCUCCUUCAGACUUAACCUGCUCCCUUCUCAGUGCUCCUGAGAGCACUGUGUACUGCAGCCAUCAAAGAUUGCCUGCCACCCUAUAGUUUACAAAAAGUUUUCACAGUGAUGAUUUCAUUCGGUUCUCACAAGAGCACUGUACAGUAAUAAUAACUCACAUUUAUUGAACAUGAGGCAUAGGCUUUUUUGUUUUUAACAGUUUCAUUUUGCAGCUGAAGAAGCUGAGGCACACAAUGAAUAACUAGGAGAGCUGGGAUCUGCAGUCUGAUUCCUGAUGCCUGUUCUACCAUGACCAGGGUUUCCAUAUUAUCCCUAUUGUAUGGAGGAAGAAACUGGAGGGUUCUUACAACCUUUUGCUGUCUCUGGUGAGCACCUGAUAAUUGAGUGGCAGAGGUCAGGCCAGGCCUGAGAGUCAAUAAUAUAAAGACCCAGAGUGGUCUAUUUUAAUCCUUAGUUUACCAUUCAAAUAGGGAGAGACAGAUAUUCUCCAAAGCUAACUUGACCCCAGUGGUCAUCUAGCCCCAGGAUAAGGAAUAACGAAGGUAGCAGUCAGUGGCAUGGUCAGUACCUUGGUAUCAGACACCAUGCCAGUUGUUUUAUAUCUAUCCUUGUCCUUGAUCUUGCCCUUGAUGGCUUGCAUCUCCCAUACUUAAAUGGGAGUCAUUUGCCAACAAAUCUGGGGGGCCGCUUCUCCCUGAAGGCUGCCAUGCCCUCUAGCCGGUCCUGGGUGGGGAUGUUCUGAAACAACAAUACAGAGUAUUAAUUUGGGGUGGGGUGGGGGGCACAACAGGGCCAGAGGCCAAUAAAGACUUGCUUAAGCUUGUCCAGCCCAUGGCAAGGUCAGAGUCCAAGUCUUUUCAUUGUUUCUGAACUCUGAUGAUGGGCCAGGCAAAGGUGUGGGCCUGACUCCUUGAUCACCUGGGGAAGUUAGGCCACCUCUCUAGCAUCUGUGACCUGUCACAUUAGCCUCUUGCACACUGCUUACAUGCUUCCAGGGAGCUGAUAGUCUGCAGGAGUCCAAUACGAGGCUGAUCGUAGAGAAUGAUUAAGUUUUACAGUAAGAAAUCUGGCUUUGAAUCCUGGUGUGUAGUCAGUUUGCACUAGGUUCUACAAGUCCCCAGACCCCUUGUUUAGGAGUAUUUUGGAUAUUUGUUAACCUGGAUAUUAGUAUUUUUGACUCACCCAGGAGUCAAGGGCUAAAUAAGUCAGCCUUAGGUAACCAUCCUCCCCCAAUCCUCCACAAUUGAACACACACAGCCCGCAGGCUAUAACCAAGGCCUUGACAUUGCAAGGCCAUCCUGGUCUCUACAGCAGCCACUGGUACAGAGACAAAAGAAGUGGCUCUUUGCCACUUACCUCUACCUGUGUGCUUUGUGACUCUCUGUGCACUAAGUGGGGCAGUAUGAGCCACCAUUAGAUGGCUGAGGACACAGUACCAGGGACCAGUGUGGUUUCCCUAGGACCAUCCCACGCUAAUUGUGAGAGGGAGUGGCACAGAGUUUAACUCUUCAGGGUGGGAGGAGCCUACUAAAUUGGUUAUGUAUUACACAAGUCUCCCCACUCUGGCCUGCCCUCUGCUUGCAAGUAUGUACCAACAGACAGCGGUCACGUACCUGGGCAUAGCAUAUCCCUUCAAUGGCCAUCCCUGAUGCGAUGUCCACCUGUGAGAAAGAAGUGGUGCCUGGAUCAGCCUGACCUUCUUCCCCUCUGUCUGCUUGGGGUGCCAGCCCACCUUACUGCCUACACCAUUUCCUAGUGUUCAUGGAUUCCUCCAGCAAAGUAUUACUGAGGCUUACUAUAUGCUAGUCCAUGGGAACAGAGAUGAAUAUGAUAAGGAAUUCCCUACCUGGAGAGGGAACACCAUUUGUAGCAGUGAUAAAACAGUGUUUGGAACAAAGCGGGGCUGUGAGAACUGGGGAGGAUUGCACUUGGCCUGGGGAGCUGAGGAGGGUGUAUGGAAGCUGUACAUAGCCAGUGUUCCUUCCUUCCCAUGUGGCUGCCUCUCCACACCUCCUGUCACUCCUGGUAAGUGAACUUCACAGGCUUUCUGUUGUCCUGAGGAGUAAGGCCCUGGGGUUUAUGGCUGGGCCCCUGGCAGCUUUCUAGUCUCUACUGCCCAGUGCUUACUGUUGCUCCCACUUAUGGGCACCAUUCUAGGAGAAAUACCAUGUGUGUAUAAACUCGUUUACUUUUCACAGCAAGGGUUAUUAUCCCUACUAUACAGCUGAGAAAUCAGGCAUAGAAAGGUGAAGGUCACAACUAUAUAUGGAGAAGCAGGUCUUUGAAUCCAGACAGUCCAGCAUCAGAAUGCCUGUGCCCCUAACUUACGUGCUGUAUAGUCUCAUUCACCCCUUACUCCCAGUGAAGUUACUUGUUUAUACACGUCUAUGCUUUUGCUCAUACUCUUCCCAUUUUUUUGAACCCUCAUCCAACCCAAGGCCCAACCUUACAAAACAUUCCCUAACCCAGCAAUACCCAGCAGUAGCUCUGUCUGCUUGGUACCCACCCCUGCCUUUUUUUAGUAAUCUCUACACCCAUCAUGGGGCUCAAACUCCUGACCCUAAGAUCAAGAGUUGCAUACUUUAGUGACUGAGCCAGCCAGGUACCCCUGCCUUGUACUAGUGACUGUGUCUGUAUUUGUCCUGUUUCCCUACCUUAGGGGAGUGGCCAUAUUUGACUUCUCUCUGUGUCCCAGUUCUCAGCUCAGGUCUAGAUUCAGUGUGUAAUGGAUGAGUUGAUGAGUAAGUUGAUGUCUGAGGAUGGAUUAGUAGCAUCCAAGGCACCACCCUGAGCCCUAUCCUUGAGGCCACCUUACUGACCACCAGCAUAAACCCAAGAAUGUGGACUGGGAGCCAUACAGACUUCCAUUCUUAUUACACUUGUUCUGUGAUCCUAGAUAAGUCAUUUACCCUUUUACUCAAAUUACUUUCUCUCCAAGAGAAAGAGAUGAGGAUAAAAUGUAAUUCGGAAUAUCACUUGGCCAAAUUUUCCAUUUUGUGGGUGGGUAAACUAAGGCACAGAGAGAGGUCAGACUCCAUGUUUGUUAGAAAAGUCUGGUUCCUGAGUUGUUUCUAGCUGUGCUCUCAGUCUGCAUGAGCCAUGAAAGCACUGUUUCCCAGCAAUCCCACUGACUUCAGUGGACCCAGAACCUGCUUACAUCCAUUCCUCUGUCAAUGGCUACUUUGCCCAGCCGCACAGCAAUGGGUGCCUAGGGAAAAGAAAAGGAAAAACUCUUAGUUGAGGGGAUCAAUGCUGAUAGUUGAGGGGGAGGGUUGGAAUAAAGAGAGGGACCUAUCUUCAUGGGCGGGGCGAAGAGUCAUGGACAGGGAGACAGGUCUGGGUCAAGUUCCAGCUGUUCUGUUACAUUUUGUUAGUACUUUCUACUUCUCAGUUGAUACUCUCUGUCUAUAAUGAAGGAAGCCUGACUGAUCCCUGAGCCUCCCAAGUGUAUCUGGGGUUCUUGCCAUUUAACCUAUCCCCCCAGUGUGUAUAACAUAUGAUAGUUUACAAAGUAUUUUCCCACCUACAGACUUGCCUAAAGGUGCCACCCACUCUUCAAGCAUGGUGCCAUCUUUGAGGUUCAGGGAGGUGAAGCAGUUGGUCCUGUUUGUCCAGAGUGGUGAAGCUUGGAUUUGAUUCCCAGUCACCUUUCUCACUGCUGCUCUGUUCCCCUACUCAUCUCGGCAAAUGCAAACCUCUACUGCAAGCAGGUUUCACUCCAGCAGGGUGAAAAAAAGGUCAAGAUUAGGAACUUGGGCUUUGGGGUCUGACAGGCCUGAGUUGAAAUCCCAAGGGGCAGUUUACACAGCCACUGGAAGCAGGUGUAUCAGAGCAGCAACCUGCGGUUCACUGGUCUUGCUUCCAAUUAACUUGUGCCACCGCAGGCCUGGCAGUCUAUCCCCGGCCUCACUUUAGGCAAAAAAUGUAUUUACUCCCUAUAUUGAUCAUAUAAAUUAUUUGAAGUUUUUGUAAGUACAACUUUAUCAGAAAAAGAUUUGUAAAGUCUGUUAACAUAGAGGCCAUAAGUGAAAAGUCUAGCUACAUAAACACAAAUGACUUCAUAUUGGGGGAAAAUACCAUGAAUAAAAGGCAAAAGUGAAAAACUGGGAAGAUGUAUUUGUGAUGUUUCUGACAGGCAAAUGUCCUUGAUUUACAAAGAGCUGGUAUAAUUUUUUUACGAAUAUUCACAAGGGUAUGAAAAGGUAGUUCACAGAAAAGGAAAUAUGAACACAAGGGUUAUUCAGUUAUACUGUUAAAGAAAUGCAGCUUAAAAAUCUGAGGUGCCCCCUUUCCCCUAAACUAGGUAAGUAGUAAGAUGUUGGUGAUGCCCACUGUUUGCUGAGAUUCAGGAAAUAGGUAUUUGCAUACAUUAUUGAUGGAGUGAAUUGGUACCAUGCUUCUAAGGGCAAGAUGUUAGGUGGAUGCACAUACCCUUUGAUGUUUUAAUUCCAUGUAGGAAUCCACCUUACAGAUGCACUUCUAGAAGUACACAAAGAUGUUCAGUUAUGCACUCCAGCCAUUUUGGUAGCAAAAAGCAACAUAAAAUUUCAUCAUUAGAGUACUAGUUGAGUAAUGAUGGCACAUCUGUACCAUGAAUGAAAAAGCGUGCAGUUGUUUUAAAAGAAUGAGGUUGAUAAGUAUAUGCUGAAAUGGGAAACUCCAAAAUAUUGGGUAAAAAAAAUCAAGGGCUAUACUAGUAUGUACAUUCUUAUCUCAUUUGUGUGAAAGUUGUUGGCAUGACGUGCCUUUGAUCUCUCCAGAGGGUCAGGAGAAUGGACAACUUCACUUUUUGUUUUAUACAUUUCCAUAUUGUUUGAAUUCUUUACUAUUCAUAUUUUAAUUUCAUGUUUUUUAUAUGUCUGUUAGAACUGUAUUAGCCUCUGCAAGUGUGCUCCUUGUCUUCCAAACCGUCCUAAAAGGAAUUCAGAGUUCUUUAGAUAUGUGAGUGUAGGUGCAUAAUAUGUAUUCCUAUAUAUACAAUGAAAAUUUUUGGAAGAGUAUGUAAAUUGUUAACAGUAAUCAUCUCUGGUGAGGGCUUGGGGAAUCUAGAGCUGUUUGGGUGACCACCUAUCCUGGUUUGCCAGUGACUGAAGGAUUAUCAAGAUGUGGGACUUUCACUUUUAACUGAGACAGCCCUACGGAGACAAGGUCAACUGGGUUACCCUACUUGUGAUUUUUUACUUUAUGCCCUUAUUCUUCUAUUUGAUUUGCUUGUCAUGAAUAUGCAUUAUUAUUUAGGUAACUACCUAAUAAACUGAUUUCUCACCAAAGAAAAGUAAAAACUGUA